ACCACGACGAAGGCGCACAGGCAGCGGGGCCGGGCCGGGCCACGCGGAGAGCGGCCUCCGGGAAGCGGGCGGGAGGCCGGGCGGUCAGCAGGCACCGGGGGAGCCACUAAGCGACAUGGUGCUGCUCAAGGAGUAUCGAGUCAUCCUGCCUGUGUCUGUAGAUGAGUAUCAAGUAGGGCAGCUGUAUUCUGUGGCUGAGGCCAGUAAAAAUGAAACAGGUGGUGGUGAAGGCGUGGAGGUCCUGGUGAACGAACCCUAUGAGAUGGAUGGUGAGAAAGGCCAAUACACACACAAGAUCUACCAUUUACAGAGCAAAGUACCCACGUUUGUUCGAAUGCUGGCCCCAGAGGGAGCCCUGAACAUACAUGAGAAAGCAUGGAAUGCCUAUCCUUACUGCAGAACCAUUAUUACAAACGAGUACAUGAAAGAAGACUUUCUGAUUAAAAUUGAAACCUGGCACAAACCCGAUCUUGGCACCCAAGAGAAUGUACAUAAACUGGAGCCUGAGGCGUGGAAACACGUGGAAGCCAUAUAUAUAGAUAUUGCAGAUCGAAGCCAAGUCCUUAGCAAGGAUUACAAGGCAGAGGAAGACCCAGCAAAAUUUAAAUCUAUCAAAACAGGCCGAGGACCCUUGGGCCCAAAUUGGAAGCAAGAACUCGUAAAUCAGAAAGACUGCCCGUAUAUGUGUGCAUACAAACUGGUCACUGUCAAGUUCAAGUGGUGGGGCCUGCAGAACAAAGUGGAAAACUUUAUACAUAAGCAAGAGAAGCGUCUGUUUACAAACUUCCACAGGCAGCUGUUCUGUUGGCUCGAUAAGUGGGUUGACCUGACCAUGGAUGACAUUCGAAGGAUGGAAGAAGAGACGAAGAGACAGCUGGAUGAGAUGAGACAAAAGGACCCAGUGAAAGGAAUGACAGCAGAUGACUAAAGUCACCCCUCCCCCUUCUGCACUUUUUGCAAGACAGUGGUCAACAGGAAGGCCCAGCAGCUCCACCCUCCUGAGUGACAGGCCAUCUUCGGACGCAGCCUUUCUGUGCCCAUUCUUCAGGCAACUUUCGAUCCCUUACUGUAGCUAAUUCUAGAUGCCCUUUAAUAUUGUGAACAAAUAGACCGUUUGGUAUUACAAAGCCUGUGUGUACAGGAGCCUGCUCCUCUGAGAUAUGUGGCGUGUAGGUUGCUGUAUUAACAGCUCCUCCCUCUCUCCUCAUUGUGUUCUCACCCAUUUCUGUGUCCCCCCCACCCCUUUAUUUCCAAGUGACAUUUUGGUCUUUCAAAAUAGCUGCCUUUCGUGAUGUGGUGAUUUAAAUAGUUUAAGUUCCUUUGUUUCCAACCUUGGGAUAAACUCUUAGGUAUUUUGCUUCCUUGGCAGAUCUCUGCGAUUUUGAGUGCUUACCUGGAGAGAGGAGAUGAGUUAGAAAUACCGAGUUCCCUCCCAGUUCUACAGGUCUAACUCUGACCUCUGCUCCCAGUAACCAAAUCUGCAGUUAAGAGUGCUCUAAACACCAAGGAGGUACCCAAGGCCCAGCCAGUCUCUGUUUAAGAAAGUUUAACAAAUACAGAGAGCCCCUGCCCCAGUCACUGUAUCUCUGGUCACUAAUCUUAGAAACACCUGUGGCUUCUCAGCACUCCUGUUGCCCACUCUGUCUGAACCUCUUCAGAGCCUACAAAUCACCCAAGUCAGCUCUCCAUCUGGAGGGACUUGGCCAGUGUGGCCCUUAGAAUUGAAUCCGCCCCAUUACACUGCUCGGUCCAAUCCCUCAGGAGCUCUGUAUGUCCACGUUCCUCUUCCCUUUUGGGCUGGUGCUGCCACUCAGCAAUAAUCCUCUUUUCUCUGUGCUUUCUUGGGUCCCUGUCCUGUCUUUGAGGCUAGUUAAGAUACAAGAGUCCUGACUUCUCAUGCUAUACAAAAAUGAGCAUGCAAAGCGUUUUUUCUAGCAGACAUGUUUCCUUUUGUCUCCAGUUGCUGAAAAGGAAUUGGGAUGAAGAACUCAGCUUGCCCUGCCCCCAUGCUGAGUUCUGUCCUGGACAAUCAGAAGCUAGUAGUGAUCAUAGUGUAGAACUCUACCGAAGUAGGCUGGUGAGGAAGUCCAGGCUCCAAGGGAGAAGCUGCUGAGCUCUUCAUUUUCCUGUGACUUGGCAGAAUCUGAGCGUGCCUGCCUGGUGGGAGACUCUGAGGUCACUGUGGUAUUACCUGACAAUUCCCAAACCUUAAGUAUGUUGACCUGAGUGUGCAGUGAUCCAAGCCCAUGCUAGCUUGGGUGCAUCUGCUGAGAGAGACCAAAUUUUUGUUGGGGGGAGCGAGAAGUGAGAUAAGAUAACUUGUCCUUUUUUUUCUUUUUGUCAGUUUGCUUGCCUUACUUACUCAUUUCUAAGUGCAAUAAGGGAGUGUCUCACAGGAUUAUACCUGUGACAUUCUGAAGGCUGCGUCCCUGUGGCCCUUUGGGGGCCAGGGUGGACAGAUUCAGACCCCUCAGCAUGGUUAGCUCUGACCUUCAUUGAAGUCCCUCUGGGACCAGAUGUCCUAUUAUGACAUUUCCCUCUAUAUUAAGUCUCCUCACCUUGUGAGGUUUUUACUAAUGGAUGUGGGGCAUUUCAGCUGGCUAUUAGUAUCUCAACUGCUGGUAGCAUUUAGUCAUCUGGGAAAUUGAAGAGGCAUUCAUACUGGAGAAAAUUAUAAAUGUUUUCCUCUAAGCUCUGUAUUGACUAUUAAUUAUAUUUAUGCUUUAAAAAUUUCUCUUCUUCAUUCAUCAAGUAGGUGAAGUCCAAAUAUGGGUUAUCUUGGGAGAAACAAAUUGUAACAUUCUAAAUGGAUAGCUGUUUAUGUGGUUUGAGGAUCAGCAGAUGUUAGUCUAUUUCCUUCAGCUCUUUGAGAUCCACACAUAUCACUUCAGCUCUAGUGGGGGCUCGCCCUUUAUCUGUGUUUUCUCUGGCUACUUCCACCUCCACUUGCUGCCCUUUGGAAAGCAUUCAAAGGAGCUGAGCUAGAACUUCCUGAGGUCAGCCUGGAUCUGGGGCUUCUGCCCACCUAAAGGAGGGAUGUUCUUGGUCUGUUCCAUCCUCAUGGAUGGUGUUGCUGCUGGGCAACGGUGUUGGCUUCUUUUAAGUAUCCCCUUCCCUCCUAACCCACUCCCAAACUGACUAGUACUCAAGGGGGCUUAUGAUGAAAGGCUCAGCUCCAGGGUAAUACUGAGGGUGUGCCACACCCCUUCAGACCAACUGCUUCUAUUAGAUUUCCAGGGCUACAGUCCCAAUUGGAAGCAGUAGUGCCUCUGGAGAGGUGCUGGGCUCUGGCCUUCUUAUGGGUCAGAGACAGGGUCAGUAUUGUGGGCACAUGUAUAUUUCCCCAAAUUUCCAUUUUACAGUCCCUACUGGGACUCCCUGACUUAUUUUGAUCGGUUCCUAGUGCUACUUCUUUUACAAAUUACACUUUGUAGAACUGAUUAGAUUAUCUUGUUUAUUUAAUGUGAGUUUGUGCCUUUUUGUCUCAAUCUUCCAAUACAGUUAUAUUGGGAAAAAAGCAGUCUAAUAAAAUCCUAGACAGAC